UCUAAGUGGUGAGGAGUGGAAUCGUUCUGAUUGUGCACCUAUCACCAUGGUUGACACCCGGAGUGGGAAGAGCACUAACCCCUACACCCAGGAGCAGCAAGAGAAGAUGGCCGCCCUAGUGACAGAAAACAAGGAGAGGAAAGAGGUUGAGAAGCACGCGAAGUUAAAGGCUAUCACGGAGGAGCAGGCAGCUAAGAUGAAGAGGUUGGAGGAGGAGAUGAAGAGAGUUCAGAAGGAGGAGGAAGAGAAGAGAAAGGCUGCUGAGGAAGAAGCCGAAGCAAAAGAAGAAAAAGAAAGAAAAUGUAUUGAAGGAGGAGAAGGGAGUAGUGGCACAAAGAGGGAUACAGAUGCAGAGAUGGAGAAGAGGAUAAGUGAGUGGGUCGCUAAUUUAUCGUUGGGAGAAGACGAGGAGGCGAAGUCUUAUGUGACUCAGGAUGAGAGGGAUGCACUAGCCAGUGAGCUAGCAGCAAUGGAGGACCCUCUGGAACGGCGAGAAAGGGAGGAGGAGCAGAAGUUGGCAUGGAAAUUGAGGAUGAAGAGGGAAAAGAAGAGGAGGAGAGAGGAAGUCAACAAACUGACCGCAGAGGUGGCGAAGGUGCAAGACUGUAGGAAAGAAGUGCAGGCCCAGACAUAUGAUAAGGCCAAAUGGGAUAAGGUAUUGGGGUACCUGGAGGUGCUGAGCACAACAUGGAUGGAGGAGCGCCAAGCUAGUUGGAGCCAAGAAGUAGCCUUGAGUGCCAUGCGGUCAGGAUUUAGAGAGUUUGCGCGCGAUAUAGUCACCCACAUUGGGGGCGAAGUUAAGCAACUGAGAGACAAUGUGGGGAAGUUUUGUGAGGGCGCUAUCAAGGGCGCCAAAGCAAUAGCCGUUGUAGAGGGCGAGGCCAGGCCUCGCAAGGACCCCGUUAAGCUUAAAUUCCCGGAUGCAUAUGGAGGGAAGAAGGAGGAGGACUUUGACAACUGGGAGGCUAGUGUCAAUAAUGGCAUUAAGCCAGAGGACAGCAAGAUAGCAGCGAUUAGAGAUUGGCCGACGCCCCGCACAUUGACAGAGUUGAGGUCGUUCCUAGGCCUUGCGAACUACUAUAGAAAGUUCGUGAGGAACUUUUCUACUAUUGCCGCUCCCCAGCGCAGGUUGCUUAAGAAAGAGGCAAUCUGGCAAUGGUACCAAGAUUGUACGUCUGCGCUAAAGAAGUUGAAGCGUGCAUUGAUAGAGUACCCUGUCCUCAAAGUAGCUGAUCCGUCCUUGCCAUUUGUCGUCACCACGGACACGAGUAAGUAUGGUAUAGGCGCCGUGUUGCAGCAAGACGACGGCAAUGGCUACAGACCCGUAAAGUUCAUGUCAGCGAGGAUGCCCUCUGAGAAGGUCGCUACCUCGAUGUAUGAGAGAGAACUCUACGCUCUCUGGCAGGCUCUAGACCACUGGAAGCAUUACCUGCUUGGGAGGCACUUCAAGGCCGCAGAGAUAGACCAGUAUGAUUUUGAGCUCAAGCUAGUAAAGGGCAAGUACAAUGUAGUUGCGGACGCUCUGAGUAGAAGAUCAAACUACUUUGGAGCUAUAGUACACUACCUGGAUAUAGGGAGAGACCUGCAGGAGAAAGUGAAGCAAGCGUAUUCGCAGGACCCCAUCUGUAGUGACCUCCUAAAGAGAGUUAGGGAGGCCCCAGAGACUGAACCAGAUUACCGCACUACUGAGGGAUUGCUAUUUGAGAAGACUAAUGUGUUUGACCGCAUGUGCGUUCCCCACAGCGAAGAGAUCCGCAGUUUGAUUUUAGGGGAAUGCCAUGACACAGAGGGACACUUUGGUUGGCAGAAGACAUUAGCCAAUCUGAUGCGUGCGUGGCCAGGGAUGAAGAAUGACUGCAUAGAGUAUGUUCGCAGUUGUAAAGUGUGCUAGAGGAAUAAAACUACUACACGCAC